AUGGCCGAACAACUCCAUUUUAUAAGAAAAUACGCAUUUAAUAGUUCUAGUCUUCAGCAACUAUAUUUUAGAGAUAAUGCAUUCCAUUUUUCUAUUGACCCUCCAAACUUUUACCCAGGCUCCUUAUUUAAAAACAGCCCUAGUCUUCAGUUAUUGGAUUUGUCAGGAAACCUUUUCAAACACAAUGAAACGGUCAUGAAACAGAUGCUGGGACCUCUUACAAAUCUGGAAUCGUUGUUCCUGGUGGACUGCAAUCUGCAUUAUCUUCCACGUUAUAUAUUCGGAGUUUUGCCAAACUUGCGUCAGCUUUACUUACAAACCAAUAUGAUAGUGGAAUGGAAUGGCCACGAUGUGUUUGGAAAUUCAACAACUCUUAGGUAUAUUGACCUUUCUAAAAACCACAUCGUUGUUGUGAACAAAACAUUAUUCCCGGGACAUCUUCUACAAUACAUUGAAUUCAUAGAACUCCAACACAACCCGUUCUCUUGUAAUUGCAAAGAGGUCAAAUGGUUCCAUGACUGGAUGAUAGAGAAUAGACAGAAACUUUGCCCAAUGAGGAGAGCCUGUAAAAAAUUAGUAUGUGCUUCUCCGUCGCAUCUUAAGAAUGAAGCUAUUGUGGAUUUAACAGAAUCAGAAAUGUGUCCUAUUCCGGAAUAUUCUAAAGUUUUAGUAAUUGCCAUAACUUCCUGUUUUAUUUGUGUAUUAAUGGUGACCCUGAUCAUAUACAAGGCCCGAUGGCACAUUCGGUAUUUGAUAUAUAUGUACAGAUUUCGAAGGAAUGGGUAUGAAGCAAUUGCAGGUCAGGAAGGUUUUGAUUACGAUGCCUUCGUUAUUUAUGCAGAGGAAGAUCAAGAAUUUGUGCAUAAAAUUCUGGUUCCAACAUUAGAGGAUAGGGAAGGCUAUCAUCUCUGUAUUCAUUACCGAGACUUUCAAGUAGGAAAGCUCAUUGCAGAUAACAUCGUGAACAGCAUUCAAAAAAGCCGAAAAGUCAUUGUUAUUUUAUCGAACAGUUUUGCUAGAAGUAAAUGGUGCGACUUUGAGCUAAUCAUUGCCCAAAAUCGACUUAUUUUGGAGCAAAAUAACCUUCUCGUUGUCAUUUUGAUCGAAAAAAUUGAACCAAAGAACAUCACCAAUUCACUGCGAUUAAUUCUCUCAACAGUGACGUAUGCAGACUGGAAUGCAUGCGGAACAGAAGGAGAGAAGGAGUCUUUCUGGAAUCAGGUACGCCACUCCUUUAAAAAGUAGCUAAUACAACAACAAUCAAUUGCUGCUUGCAGGGAUUGGAUUUGGAAUUUUCUUUUGAAAACAUAAUUAUACAUACUCUGAUGUAGUUACUUAUAGAUGUGACUGACAGAUUUUUCUUUAUCGAGAAUAUUUUGUAAGA